AUGACGGGAAAACUGCGUUGCGUCAAAUGCCACUGCUUCAAGGCGCUUAAUGUAAUUUUACUCUUUUCGGCAGUAUUUGUACUUUCAAAAGACAGUAAUAGUACGGGUGCUUCCAUUUUCCACGCCGUAGACAAGAAUACCUAUCCUUACAACUCCGUGAAAUUUACAAAUAAAGUUUACGAGAGAUUAGUCUACUUUAGCAAGAUAUCAGCUGUUGUGAGCUGUAUCUCAGAUAAUAGAUUAAUUCCUGGGAAAACAUUAAAGAAUGGGGGAUGUCCUCAGUACCUUGCUUUUUGUUCUGAUGACAAAGUAAAUCCUACGAUUGAUAGAACCAGCGUGGAAGCUGUUUUGAUUGCAGGUAAAGACGAGUUAGGAACCGGAGCUGUUAUAGUUGAUCAUGGAAGAGGAGUUGUAAUUUUGAGUUUUCGGGGCUCAACUACAAGUCAGGACUGGGCCAGCGAUUUUGAGAUAUAUCCUGUAGAUUAUUUUCCUACGUCAGAGGAAUACUAUCGGAAAAAAAUUGAAGAUGGUGUCAUCAAGCCUUGUAAAAGCUGCAAAAUACAUAGGGGGUUCAACAAAUUCUCAAAAACUCUUGGAGAUCCAUUUCUAGAAAAGGUCGAGAAUAUCUUUUUGCAGCAUCCAGAUUAUCGUUUUGUUAUUACCGGUCAUUCCUUGGGUGCGGCGCUAGCCAUUAUAUCAGGUAUUGAAUUUAAAUUGAGAGGUUUUAAUCCAGUGGUAUUGACUUAUGCAAACCCAAAAAUGUUUAAUAAGGAAAUGAAAGAAUGGGUUGACGAACUGUUCUCAGUAAAGCAAAUGGAUCGUCACAUUUUGGAGACAGGUGAACUUAGCUUUGAGAAAGGAUAUUUCAGAGUUGUACAUGAUCGGGAUUAUAUUCCGAUGCUUCCACCCUUCUAUCAUUCAGCAGGUCUUGAAAUAUUCAUUCGAAAGGAUGAAUUACCACAUAGAAUUUCUGACUUAGAAUACAAGGGUUCGCGGGAUUAUUAUAAUCCGGAGGAUUUUGCAGACGAAGAUUGGCAAACUCAGGCUUCUGGGUUUAGCAAUCGUGACUGGCUCCACAAAAAGGAACAUCGAUGCUACUUCAUUGAUAUUGCUGGUUGUCUCGGGUUUUAG